AGGUGCGGGAGCUGCGUGGGCUUGUGCCUAGGCGCUUGUGUUUCGGGGCCUUGUGGUGGCACCGGGGGAGCCGGGCUGGCGACUUUGGCACUCUUGGCGUUGGGUGGGCGGCACCUUGGGGGUCACAUGAGCCAGUGGCAUCAUGCCCGUGGGCGCUGGGGUCAGCGUCGUGGCUUUUCCGGACGUUCGUCGGCCAGGAGGAAGGGCGGAAAGCACAUCCCGGAAAGGUGGGAAGACUAUCUCCCAGUUGAACAGCGGAUGCCUGGGAUGCGUUUCAUUGCUGUCAAAGUUCCUUUAAAAAAGAGAUUUGACAAGAAUCUUGCUCCAGAAGAAUGUUUCUCCCCCUUGGAUCUUUUUUAACAAACUCCAAGAACACAACGAAGAACUUGGGCUGAUUAUUGACUUAACAUAUACUCGCCGCUAUUAUAAGCCAGAGGACUUAGCAGAAACCAUUCCUUAUUUAAAAAUUUGUACAAUUGGGCAUCAGGUGCCAGAUGACGACACUAGUUUUAACUUCCAGUGCGCUGUUAAUGGGUUUCUGAAAGAAAGUAAACAUAAUGGUGGGAAGACUAUCUCCCAGUUGAACAGCGGAUGCCUGGGACGCGUUUCAUUGCUGUCAAAGUUCCUUCAAAAAAGGUGCAAAGUAACGUGAGGAAACCGUUGUAAUGUAGCAUUGCCAGUGGAAUUUUAGCCUUAUUCAAAGAGACCGAAGAGUUUCCAAAGCCGAUUCAACCUAAUGUGUGAAGAUUCUGAGAUGUAGCAUGCAUCAGACUCCCCCAUGGCCUUCGGAGAGCAGCUCGUAGGAUACACAUUUUACACAUCCUUCACUGUCGGCGAUGCUACCGUGCUCACUGAGGAAGCAAGGCCCCUCCCAUGGCAUUGCAAACAGGCUUUCUGCCUCAGGAAGAAAAGUCCUUCUCCUUGGCAGCUGGAAUGCUUUUUCCCGUCAUUCUCAGUUAAAUUCCACAGGGAGGAGGGUGUUCAGCUUAAGCUAUAAAACCAGCAGCGACCAAAGCCCUAUACCUGAAGCUCUCCUUGCUUGAGGCCAAGCACAAAGUCCCUCUCCACUGAGGUCGUUGUCUUCUCAACCAUCCUCCUUCUGGCUAGGAAAUCUCACAUAUAUUUUACCAGUUGGAUACCAGCCUUUCAUGCAAACUAAAGGAAUUCGCCUCUACUCACCCUAGGAAAGUAAACUGAGCGCUUCUUGUCUUUCGGCUGAAGGCGAAGUGUAUUUCAGAGCUCUGCAACUUUUCACCCACCCACCCAGCUUCCUCUGGUGGGGACUCCAUGACAGAGACAGUACACCGUGAGCGAAAUCCUGUUCGUCUCCAUGUGACAGGACAACAAUGUUUACUGCUCCAGAAACGGGCCUUUUUACAUAGAGGAAACACUGUCUAGCCAACUCAGGCUUGCACCUCCUACCUGAAGGCAGCUAUAAACUAAUGAGAGGAGACCGUUGUAGUGCCGGCUUGCCGGGCGAAUAGUAGCCUGUGUUAUUGUGACUGAGGAGUCUCACAUGCCGAAUCAAUACAGUGUGUGAAAUUUAUAAAAGCGAGCACGCCUCCGAAUCACCCAUGACCUAAGGAGAGCAGCUCGCAGGUUACAAAUUUCACAGUGCGGUUGCUUCUACCGGGUACACGGAGAUGAGUGCAGUUUUCAAGUGGCUCUUCACAUCUUGCUUGGACUGUCGAGUUAACAGAGCUCCCCAGGUACUCGACUUCCACAUGUUCAUCCCCCAAAGGACAGAGUGCUGCUCCCUAGACUUUCUCUGCAAUAGAGUGUAUGCAAGCUGGAAUUGUAGCCUUAUUCCAAAGUGACCCAAGAGUUUCAAAAGCCAAAUCGAUACAAUGUGUGAAAUUCCUGAAAUCUCGCUUGCAUCAGACUCACCCUUGGCCUCCGGAGUGCAGUUCGUAGGAUACUCAUUUCACAGUCUUCACUCUAGACGCUUCUACCUUUUACGCUGAGACGAGUGCUGCUUCUUAUCUUGCCUCGUUGUCCCUUUAACAGUGCUCCCCUUGCACUUGAUCCUCCACCUAAGGCGAUGGCUCUGCCCCUAGACUUUCCCUGAAGUAUCCAGUAAGCAAGUCCUACUCUCCGUGUACGAGAGACAGGUCUAACCAGGCAACAUUAAACUUGGCCCUUGCAAAUGCUUCCACCAAACGGUCAACGUUCACAAUGAAAUCUACCCUCGGCAAAACUCCUCUGAGCAUCACCAGGAUUCCACGAACAGUGUGAAUUUCUCCUUUUGUAAUACUAUCUUUUUCUCAGCCAUCUGGAAGAGAAGGCCCUUCAUAUAGCGUUGAAGAAAGAGUUUCUGCUUCAGAAAGGAAGGUACUUCUUUGUGGCAGGUUGAAGGUUUUUCCCUACCAUUCUCAGUUAAAUACCACCGGGAGGAGUGUCUUCAGGUUAGGCCCUAGAAGCAGCAGCGACCAAAGCCCUAUGCCUGCAGCUUUCCUAGCGUGAUCCAAGCACGAUAGUCCAUCUCCACAGAGAAGAGGAAACUGGGGUGUACAGACGUUAACUUGCACGAUGUCACACGGACAGAGGGAGGUGCACCAGGAUUCAAACGCGCAGUUUGACUCCUGAGCCUGCAAACGUCUCUGUCUUGCUAUUCUGUCCCAUCUGUCAGUGCACUAGUCCGUUAGUACACUCCUGCGAUUCACAGAACUUAAUGUCUGUAACAACUGUGGCAAAACGAACGAUGGAUGUGCUUUGUGCGGCUGAAGAUCCUAACUCCACUGACAAGCGCCAGCUCUCAGCUCGCAGGUGGGAGCUGGACAGGUCCUGUCUCUUAGGUAAUGACUGAAGCACAGGCGGCCUAUAAAGCACCCUUCUCCCCAGACCUACAGGGCUGAUGUCAUUUCCUUCGUCUGGGCGGUCGCACCAGUGACACGGCGGGCUGUAGGGCGGUGUUAGGUACCCGAGAGACCUGCGGCGCGGUAUGUCACUUCCUCCCGGAGACGCUGUUUCCUAGCAACCGCUUCCCACCUGCGUUCUUAGUACCGCCUCCUCGCUCGCUGCAGAGUUGGUCUCAGAGAGCAGCCAGGCGCAGGCCCAGGAGAGGGGCCAACAGCUGGUUCCUCCGGUCGCGGGGAGACAUCCGCAGAAAUGCAGACCACCAUCAGAGGUUGAAUUAUCCCUAUCAUUUGUUAGCCAUUUUAUAAAAUUAGAUGAUGUCUGAUGAAGUUUUUAGCACAACUUUGGCAUAUACAAAGAGUCCAAAAGUCACCAAAAGAACUACUUUCCAGGAUGAACUAAUAAAAGCAAUUACAGCUCGCUCAGCCAGACAAAGAAGUUCUGAAUACUCAGAUGACUUUGACAGUGAUGAGAUUGUUUCCUUAGGUGAUUUUUCUGACACCUCAGUAGAUGAAAAUUCAGUUAAGAAAAAGAUUAAUGAUUUUCAUAUAUCAGAUGAUGAAGAAAAGAAUUCUCCGAAACUGUCUUUUUUGAAAACCAAGAAAUCAAUCAAUGGUGUGAGGAAAGAUGAGCCAGUAGUCUCUAUCAAAAAUGAUGAGAUGGCACCUGAUGGUGGUAAAGGCAUGAUUGUAAAUCCCUUAUCUGAAUCUCAAAAUAAACAACAAGAAGUUGAAAAAGAGAAAAUUAAAAUGGAAACGAAACCUAGAAUUCUUCUAAUCAAAAGCGCAUCUUCAGAAAAUAACAGCAGCCUUGAAGAAGACAACCACUUUAAGCCUUCACCUCGGCCAAGGAGCAUGUUGAAAAAGCACAGCCACAGGGAGGAGAAAGACAGGCUAGGAGAAGACAAAGACACUGCCCUCCAUGAAGAAUUAGAGGCAUAUUCUGCACCUUCAUUCCUCCCAAGGCUGAAUGGCAGACAACCAGAAGCUGAGAAAAAUGCAUUCUCUGAAAACCUUGACCCUGAGGAUGCAUGGUUAACAAGUCUAUCAUCAUCAUCCCUUAAAGAAAGUCUCGGAAAUUCCUCUUCACCAGUAUCUGGGGAAAAAUCCUCCAUCACAGAUCAGAAUGAAGAAUGCACUGAAAACCAUAGUUCCUUGAAAUCAGUUGAAAAUGAAGAGAACUCAGUUUUGAUAGACUUUGUUACUACACUUGAGAAACCCAAGGAAAGUCAAGUGACUACUGAUGACCUUGAAGAAGAAAAGGAGAAAGCUGAACUGAUUAUGAAUGGUAACUUAACAGUUGAUGAUCCACCACUGUUUCAACUUCAGAGUAUCUUAUGCACUGAGUCUGCAAAGAAAAUAAUCCAAGAUAGAAAUAUGAAGAAUAAAAAGUCAACAAAUAAUAGAGCAUCCAAUGCAUCUGGCAGAUUAGUGACCUCUGAGUUCUUAAGGAAACCUGGUUCUCUAAGGAGAACUCCAUUGACAGUUCCCACUUCUCACUAUUUAGGGACUUUGAGAGUCUUGGACCAAAAGCCCUCACAGAAACAGAGUACAAAACCUGCCAGAGCAGAUAACAUAAGGGCAGCUAUUUAUCAGGAGUGGUUAGAAAAGAAAAAUGUUUAUUUACAUGAAAUGCACAGAAUUAAAAGAAUCGAAAGUGAAAACUUAAGGAUUCAAAAUGAACAGAAAAGAGCUGCUAAGAGAGAAGAAGCCUUAGCAUCAUUUGAGGCCUGGAAAGUCAUGAAAGAAAAGGAAGCAAAGAAGGUAGCUGCAAAAAAAAGGCUUGAGGAAAAAACCAAGAAGAAAACUGAAGAAGAAAAUGCUGUGAGAAAAAGAGAAGCACUGCAAUCUUUAGAAAAAUGGAAAGAGAAAAAGAUGGAAUAUCUUAAAGAGAAAAGUAAAAAAGAGAAAGAAUAUGAAAGAGCAAAGAAACAGAAAGAGGAAGAAACUGUUGCUGAGAAAAGGAAAGAUAACGUAACUGCUAUUGAAAAAUGGAAUGAAAAAAAGGAAGCUGUUUUCAAGGAAAAGGAAAAAGAGAAAAUAAAUGAGAAAAGAAAAGAAGAACUGAAAAGAGCUGAGAAAAAAGCUAAAGAUAAACAAGCUCUUGAUGAAUAUGAAAAAUGGCUGGAAAAAAAAGAAAGGAAGGAAAGAAUUGAACGGAAACAAAAGAAACAUCAUCCCUUUCUUGAAAAUGAGGCACUUCCUCCAUGGAGCCCUCCAAGCAGAACUGUGUUCUCAAAAGUGUUUUGAUAAUUCUUAUUCUUGCAUUAUUUAGUUAUUUAUCAAUUCACCAAUUUUAGCCAAACUAAAUUUAAAACUAUUAAUUCAAUUAUUUAUAGUUAGAAGAGUCUAUUUUAAUAAUUAAAUGCCGGUCACUUCUGCUGACAAUGAAAAAGAUGCUUUACAGUUUAAUCAGUGAAAGCAUUGAAAGCAUUUUUGAACUGUAGAUAAACUGCUUCAAAUGAAGAGCUAAUAAUCAUAUUGCUUUUACCAUUGAAAUACAUAACCCUUUUUCAUGUCCUGAUCAUUUGUAUAGUCUGAUGAUCCAUGAUCACUUUCCCUAACCUGUGCAUGUUAUUAGUAUGUUUAUUCUCCAAUAUAAAAAGAAAACCAUCUAGGUACCAUAAUCAUGAAAUAAUUGAUUUUGCGAAUGAUUGCACCUCUAGAUUCGGGUUUUAAAAUGAAUGGUCACUGGGGAGUAUGCAAAUAUUAUUUCUUCUAAAACUAAUCUUUAGCUCAAAGUAGUUGCAUUUGCACUGUGCAAGUUAGACUUUUGGUCAACUGAGGCAGUAGUUCAGUAGAAUCAUGCAAUCACUGAGGCAUUUUCUUUAAGAAUGUUGCCAUAUGUUUUAAUAUGAGUAUACUUUAUCUGUUUUUGCUUAAGUGACAGUCAUAGGCGCUUUAUAAUGAGCAGACCUCUGAAAUGUGUCUUCCUAAAUUCUAUCUCACUUUACUAUUUCAUUGAUAUCAAAAGAUGUCCAUUUCAUGGUAAUUAUAUACAUUACUUAUGGAAAUUCCACAAGAGUCCAAGGUCAUUAUCACUAUUUUUAUUUCCCAAACUAAAGCCAUAAAGAUGAUAAUGGCAAUUUUUGUCCUCUUAGCUAAUCCAGAGUCAUCUACCUUAUAUUUAGAAGACAGCUGUAUGGGAAGAUAAUUUGUAGAAAAUGUCCAAAGAAUCUAUUUAUUUGAUCUCUGCAUAUCCUCAUUAAUCGGACUCAUACUUGAACUGGUCAACUAGUUUAUCACAGACCAAAUAUAUGCUCUCAGAGUUGAAAUGCUACUGCAGCCAAUGAUGCAAUGCAAUGAUAGAUGAGAAAAAAGUUACUAUUUAUGAAGUACCUGUUGUAUCCUCUCUACUAGAUCUUUACAAGUAUUAUUUUUGAUCUUUACAACAACUAUUCAGAGUACGUGUUAUUAGCUUCAUUUUGCAGAUAAAAAUACUGAGACUCAGAGAAAUCAAAGAACUUGCCACUCAUUUAGCAUGUGACUGAGCUGGGAUUAGAGCUAAUGAAGUCUCUCUACCUCUAGAAUUCAGAUGCUCAUGUUCAUGCUCUCAUGUGACCUCAGAGAACUGUAAAUUCUGUCAAGACCUCUGUAUUAUAUCAAUCUUAAAAACACAUUUUACUUCUCAGAUCCUAAAAUCAUGUAUUGUUUCCCAGAGAUUAUCUUUCCUUUAAGAAAUAGCUGUUUGUUAUUAGAAACAGUUAACCUCAUUAGAUCUUCAAAAUGAAAAAAAUAAUUCAUAGUAUUUAUGGAGUUAGUCAAAUGCCCGUGUCUAGUAUUAGAAUGUCAGAGCACCCAGUGGGUUAUGGAACUUAGGCUUUCAGACAGUUACUCAGGAGGUUUCACACUCUGAGGAUUAGCCUUCUUGCUGCAGUGGAUGUGCAAGGUAAGAAAGAUGUCGUGGAUCACUUUGUAAGAUCACAUCAGUGCUACAGAUAAAUUUAAAAAUUUCAUAAAUAAAACUGGAAGCCUUUUUAUACUACUGGAACUAGGAGAAUCUGUCGUGAAAUUGAACUAAUUACCAGCAGUAUCAGUAUGGGAUUUAGGGCCUCCCUUAGUUCAUUUGUGUGUCCCCCACAGUACCAAACAGAAAAGAUUAAGUAUUUAUUGUAUUGAAUUCUAUUCAGGGCUUAAAAGAUAUUUGCAAAUUCCAGGGAAGUAAAAGGAAAAAUAGAAAAAUGUACAGCUACUUUUAUGAAUGUGAGAUCUUAAGUGUGUGUCAUAGAUUUCACAUUAAAUAUUGACUUAAGCAUUCUGAACAUUUUCUUCUAAUUUAUCAUGCAUAAUGGAUUAACUAUUAUCACCUCUGAGUUGUGAGAAUUGAAGUUAGUUAAUUAAUAUAAAGAAUAUGGCACAUAAGAAAAGACUUAAUAAAUGUUCAUUGUUUUCACUUACUUCCUACCUUGAGCCGUUUGUUUCCCCACCUCAUGUUUGUGAGAAGGUUAACAUGGAUGAGGCUGAUAAUGAUGAGUUAACAUUUCACUUGGUUGGCAUAUAAGAAGAAAUCUCUGCUUUCCCUACCAGUCUAGGUUGUAGCACUCAAAAGAGAAUAUAGAGGUGACCUGCGUUUGGGACCUUCUAAAAAGAAAUCUAAAUACUAAUUCCUUAGCAUUGCUUGUGAGGUCAAUGAAAAGGGAAAUUGAGGUGUUUGCAAAGACCCAGCAAGUCAUUUCCCUCAAAUGGGAUUUUCAUCUUGCUACGCUAAAUAAUAUAUUAUUUCCUGUUUACAGCAAGCUGUGCUGAUUGAAUUGUCUAGUUGAAUGAAAUCACCUCUUUGCCUAUAGCAGAAAUAAAGCUGAGUUCUCAGAGCUGGAUGAAAAUACAGUGCUAUUUACUUUCUGAGAUCCAAAGGGGAGAAUCAAGCCAGGUAAUAUUCUCCUGAAUGUAUUUGUCUAUUUAAAGUGUAUGCUUUCCCCAUAUUUCUUUAGAAAUUAUCAGAUAUCGGGCUUCCCUGGUGGCGCAGUGGUUGAGAGUCCGCCUGCCGAUCCAGGGGACACGGGUUCGUGCCCCGGUCCGGGAGGAUCCUGCGUGCCGCGGAGCGGCUGGGCCCGUGGGCCGUGGCGGCUGAGCCUGUGCGUCCGGAGCCUGUGCUCUGCAACGGGAGAGGCCGCGACAGUGAGAGGCCCGCGUGCCGCAAAAAAAAAAAAAAAAAGAAAUUAU